UUUAUUUGUAGCGAGCCGGCAAAGAGAUCAAUCUAAUAACAAAGAAACAAAUAAAACUGAUUUAAAAUCGUUUAUAAAAUAUUUCAUGGAACUACAAAACUCGAAUGAUAAAUCAAAAACAAAAAAUGUCGAAGACCUUACUACUAAGAAUAUUGUAUUACAAGAUUACGAUAUACCGCAAAGUAGUAACAUAAAGUACAUAUUUAAUGAUUUAAUUGGAUACAAUUCGCCUCAACUGAAAAAUAGUAAGUCACAAACAACCACAGAAGGGAAGUUUCAACUAUUUUCUCAAAAUAUUAUAAAGCUUUGGAAUACCUAUAGUAAACAAGAUUAUACUUCGUCUCGACCAACAACAUUACCAACUACUAGUUCAAGUCCAAAUAAAAACAUGAAUGUUCCGGAAAUUGAUAUUAUGAAAAAGAUAUUAGCAGAUUAUAUUUCCAACAAGAAUAAAAUGAUUCAUACAACUGCACAGUCACCUCGAACAACAGAGCUAGACAUAGAUAGAAUAUCUGAUGAAAUUAGAAGAUUUUUAGCCAAUACACAGAAUACUAAUGAAACUAACGGGCGGAAUAUUGGUACAAAAGAAGAAGUUAAUAAAAACAAUCCACAAAUAAAUACUUAUACAAAUACAUCAAGAAAUGAUGUCUACGAUAAUAUCAUAAAAGAAACGAAUAACUUUUUCAGUCGAAGACCAACUAUGGAAGAUAACAAUUUUGGUACAGUUGCUUUAAAAAACAAGUCAACCCUACCCAUCGCCGAUGAAGUGAGGUUAGAUUACCACAAAGAUCUUGCAAAGCAUAAUAAUGCACAAACAAAAAAAGAAAUGCCAAAUAAUAGCGAGCAAGCUAUAUCAAAUAAUAGACUAGGAAACUAUAACUUGAUGAAGGAUGAUAGCAUUUUCAAUACAAUUAAUAACUUAUAUACAAAUAUGACAAAAGAUAAUAAUCAAAAGAUUAAACAGGAAAAACCUUUACCAAGCGAAAUCAUUAAAGAAAUUGCAGAAAGCGUUAAAGCAAUCGUACUUAAUGACUUAAGAAAGGAAAUAUCGAGUAUAACAACGAAUUCUACAACGACCAUAACAGAAACAUCAACCCUCACAACAAAAAAUGUCGAAGGAAAAGGUAUAGAAGUUACGUAUAUGAUGGAAAAAUUCAUGGAGCUAUUCCAACAAUUUAAAUCUAUCGAAGCAAAAACUAUAACAUCAGGAAAUUCGCAAAUAAAGGUGACCGAACAGAAAGACGUCAAACAUGAAUUCAAAGGACCCGUUAAAGUAGUGUACACAUCUAAUAAACCAGCAAUGAGUCCUUACGGUGUGAGAACUCCAAGUGAACAAUUCGCGCCAAUUUUCGUUGAACAAAACAAUAAUGUACCAAAUACGAUUGUUCGAAAAUUCAAUGUGCCACCUACUAUGAUGAACCCAGUAUAUCAAGUGCAUGAAACCAACAACUAUCAAGUCAAAACUGGACUAAGACUUGCACCUAUAACUAUACAAACGAAUUCUUUUGAAGUGCCUCCUUUGGGUAUACCGAUAGCUAAGCCGAUUUUGGUUCAUCAAAAUAUCAUUGUUACUACAAAGAGUCCCAAUUUAAGACCGAGGCUUGAUACUCAUCACACAAGCUACAUUCAUCAUAUUGAUCGUUACAACAUAGACGAUGAUUUUCGGAGUAGAGAUAAUUGGCAGAAGCCUUUGACAAAUCCGAAAAGAGAAUUCCGAUCACGAGCUAGAGAUGCGUAUACGCUUAACGAACGUGACAAUUAUAAAAUAAAGAAAAACGAUAGAUCUAAAUUCGAUAAUCAUAAUGACGACUUUGACCGUGAAUAUAAACCGCAUUUUACCAAAUCAGACUACGAUCGUAUGAAACUUAGAAAUCAAGAAAUAAAACGAUUCCACGAAAGACUGGAAAACAUUGACGAAUCAAAAAACAGCGAUGAAAAGGAAGAUUGUUGUAAAAUACGUGUGGCUUCACGGCAACAACUGCCAUUGGCCAAUGCGAAGAAACGAUCUCGGUACGAUGACGUGCAUUUCAGAAACUUUCUGAAGACCCAACAGAAAGUUAACGACAUGCUUGAGAAAAUACUAGCCGCGAAAACCAAAGCUGAUGGAACGCGCAGCGUUGAAACUACUUGAUUUGUGAACGUGUUUUAAUAAAAAUAAAAUUUUACUAUGUCGCAUA